GUAAAAGACUGCAUCUCCCUCCCUCCCUCCCUCCCCCGCCCGGAUCUCUUUCAAUGCCAACACUUUAGAGCUCGCUCUCCGCAAUCCGCCGCUGACGCCGGCGAAACCGAUGGAUUCUUCCGCCACCGUCACGUCAGCGGCUUCCUCCGCCGUCACCGCCUCCUUCCCUCCGCCUUCCAACCACCGCAUCCUGGAAAUCACCCUCAUCUCCGCCCAAGACCUGGCCCCCAUCUCCAAGGCCCAGCGGACCUACGCUCUGAUUUGGGUCAACCCGAAUAAGAAACGGAGCACCGGAAUCGACCCCAAGGGCCACACCAAUCCCACCUGGAACCACAAGUUCUCCUUCCGGGUCGACGACGAAUUCCUCCGCUCCGAUGAUUCCGCCGUCACCGUCGAGAUCUACGCCGUCGCGUGGUUCCGGGACGUCCUCGUCGGGUCGGUCCGCAUCAACGUCAACCACAUCCUGGCUCCCCACGCGCCGGAGAUGAAAAACGAGAGGUUCAUGGGUCUCCAGAUCCGACGGCCGUCCGGCGAUCCCCAGGGGAUGCUCAACAUGGGCGUUUCCCUCUUCGACUCCGCCGCGCGCGGGACCCCGAUCUGCAGCGACGUCAGCGCGUCGUCUUCGGAUUGCCGAGAUCUUCUGGAGAAGAAAAUGAACAACCUCCUGAAAGACGGCGGCGAGAUCACCGAGGACUUCCCGGCGAAUCCGGGCUCUGUCUGCAACGGCGACGUCAGCGCGUCGUCUUCGGACUGCCGGGAUCUUCUGGAGAAGAAGAUGAACAACUUCUUGAAAGACGGCGGCGAGAUCACCGAGGACUUCCCGGCGAAUCCGGGCUCUGUCUGCAACGGGUCGGCGCUCUGCGGCGGAUCCGAAGUCUGCUCGGACAUCGGGCCUUCCGCUUCUCUCGUGGCGGCGGAGAUAGCCCGGAAGUCGAACCCACCGGCGGCGCAGGGCAGCGCCGGGCCGCAGAGCCGGAAAAGCGAAGGGGAGAGCCUGAUACUGGAGGAACUGACGGCGGAGGAAGCGGCGGCGAAAGGGAUGACGACGAAUCAGGCGGCGGCGGCGGUGAAGAAGAAGGGACGCCUAUUCUCGUGCUUCGGAAAUGCUUACGGUUUUGAGGCAUCCGAGGAAUCCCCAACCUCCUCUUCUUUGACCGGGUCCUCUUUAUCCAGUUUCGAGACCCGGUCAGGCCCCAACACCACCGUCCCUGAACCGCAACCUGUUAACCAAAUGCCUGGUCAGGUUUCUCAGGAGAGGGAUGAACCGGUUGACGAUGAGCCGUCUCCCUACGACCCUGACAGCGAGUCGUAUGAGAGAUGGGUGAACCGGCUGGAUGUAGCCGGUUAUUUUGCUCUCCCUUCCAGUUACCCGCUCGACAUCUAUCCCCGGGUCUCUAAGAUUGCCCAAAACAAAGCCCGUAGGAAUCUCCCGGAGGGGUACGUUCUUGAGUACGAUCCCAGUUGGCCCAACAUUAUCGAGCCUCACCGGGAUGAUAGGGUAGGUUUCCAUAUCAUUUCUUUGGAAAGUGGCACCGUCUUCCCCCUGCGUCCCCUUCUAGUCGAGUUGUGCCACUGCUUCAAGAUUCUCCCCGGGCAACUCACACCCAAUGCCCAUCGUUUUCUUAAUGCUUUUGUAAAUAUCUGCUCCCAUCUCAAAAUCGAUCCUUCCCUUCGCUUUUUCCUCUAUUUGUUUGAAGUCCUUCCCGGUAAGUCGGGUUGCGAUGGCUACGUCUACUUCAAGGGCCGUAACGGUCGCCAAUUCAUUUCUGACCUUCCACAAAGCAACCGGCUAUGGAAGGAAAAAUUUGUUUUUAUAAAAUUUCCCACCACGUCUCCCUUGGCCGGCUUGAAGUGGAGUGACCACAUCCUGAAGCCGCAAUACACCGAGCCGGCUAGUACUCCAGCCUUGGAAGAAAGUUUGGAGAAGCUUCUCCGAGGGGACCCGUUCACCGGGCAGAUGUUUCACUACGGGGCUUGGAUCUGGCGGAUCCAACCGGGUGGCGAGGGUACCUCUAUGGCUCAUGAGGCAGCGGGGCACGGGGUACCUGCCUUGGGCAACACUGCAGAGGCCGGGGGCCCCAGCCACCCAGAGAUGAACUUCAGAGCGUUCAACAUUCCGACAAAGAAGACUGUUGGCUCUUCCUCCACCCCCAGAACUGUACCGGUCCAACAGGAACCGGUGGAGAUCCAUUCUGAGGAGGAAACUCCUCCAACUGGGAGGACCGGUCAGGCCGGGAAGACCACGGUAAACCCUCCCCUGGACAAGGGGAAGGGGAAGGUCCGGACCAAGCAUGCCGCCACCACUCAUCCCUCAGCUAAGAGGAGGAGGGGAGAAAAUGUCCCGGCUUCAGAGUCGUUAGAGGAGCUCUGGGUAAAGAUGGGGCAGAAGUUGAAGAAGAUGGGCGAGGUCGGCCCAGAAUCUUUAGAGAAGCUCACUGAGGACUCCUCCUCCCGGUCACUUCAGCUGGAGGAGAAGCUGAAGGGAGUCGAAGCCCACAACCGGGAGCUACAGGACCUGAUAGCCCGGCAGCUUGAUGAGAUGGCCAAUCUCUCAGCAAUUGCCGGGGGACCAAGGCAGAGACUCUCCAGCUGAAGGAAGAGAACCUGAAGCUGAUGGAGGACUUGGAGCAGAAGGAGUGAGAUUUCCCCGGUAGGGCCAGGCAAUGGGUGGGGG